GCUGUAUGUAAAAAGCAUCUCAAAGUCACCAAAGCAACGGCCCAAAAAAAAAACAAAAAAAAAUUAUAUUUCUCAUUCAUCUCUCCUCGAAACCGAACAUACAUCCAUCCCCACACCUUCAUUACUAUUCUCUUUUGAGUUCUUGUGCCUUCUUCAAUUCGAAUUUUAGGGUUUAGUAAAAAAAAAAGGUUGUGACUUUGUUGAUUCUUGGUAAUGGUUAGGCUUUGAAGGGGAAGACAAAAGAAGAAGUCUUUUUUUUUUUACCCUUUUUGAUUAGCGGCGGAGAUGAGUGCUUCGAGGUUCAUAAAGUGUGUUACCGUCGGUGAUGGUGCCGUCGGAAAAACAUGUAUGCUGAUCUCUUACACAAGUAAUACUUUCCCUACGGACUAUGUACCAACUGUGUUCGACAACUUCAGUGCUAAUGUGGUUGUAGAUGGGAACACUGUGAAUCUUGGAUUGUGGGAUACAGCUGGUCAAGAAGACUAUAACAGGUUAAGACCAUUGAGUUACCGUGGAGCUGAUGUUUUCAUUCUUGCUUUCUCUCUUAUUAGCAAAGCUAGCUACGAGAAUAUAGCCAAGAAGUGGAUUCCUGAGCUUAGGCAUUAUGCACCUGGUGUUCCUAUUAUCCUCGUUGGAACAAAACUCGAUCUUCGAGAUGACAAGCAGUUCUUCAUAGACCAUCCCGGUGCAGUACCAAUUACUACAAAUCAGGGAGAGGAUCUAAAGAAACUGAUAGGAUCUCCAGUUUACAUUGAAUGUAGUUCAAAGACGCAGCAGAACGUGAAAGCUGUCUUUGACGCAGCUAUAAAAGUUGUACUUCAGCCACCCAAGUCAAAGAAGAAGAAAAAGAACAAGAAUCGUUGCGCAUUCUUGUGAUGAUCAUCUUUUAAGGAAACAAGAAGAGUUAUAGGGUAACAAACGAAGCUGAAGAGGAAGAAGAGAUCUAGCAUCAAAUGCAGCAACUCUUGUAUAGUUGUUGUGAUCUAAUGAGUGAAAGUGAGGCCAAGAGGUUUCUUAGUAAGAGAAGAGUGAUGAGUUCUUGGUGUGUUUGUUGUUGUUGUACUUUUACUAUGUAGACUAAUCUCUUAAAUACAUUUUUCGUUUUUUUUUUUGCUACUGGGAUCCAAUUCUUAUGUUCUGAGCUUUGCACCAUAGAAACAACGUUUAAAAUUGAG